AACCAUGGUGCUGAUGGUGACUGAAUGUGCAACAGUUAGGCUUCUGAGGCCCUUCAUCAUCCAGUGACUCUCAAGUAGAUCUGUAGAAGAUGGAAGAAGAGGUUCAGCGUUGCUCAGUGCCGGAGGAGGAAGCUUGUGAGAGCAGCUCUGACAUAGAGGAGCUUCAGAUCGAGUCCCUGCAGCCUGAGGAGCUUGACUUGGACUCUGAUCUGGAAUUGUGUGAGAGCGACUUCGGUAACAUCCCCUGCGCUGAUAUCCUUGUUCCCCACAUUCCUCUUGACUCCAUUCCUCAGCACAACGAGCCCCUCAAUCCUCAACUCCCUCCCCGCCUUCCUCUCACCAAUGCACGAAGUCCUUGUGGCAGUUUUCUUGUUAGUUCGGCUCCUCCGCGGGACUCCGACCUUCCUGUAGCGGGUUGCGACGCUCCCCAUGAAGGAUCUGAUGAUAUAAGGCUCGUGGAGAGCAGAAACAAUGAGAGGUUAUGCAAGGCAAUGGAAAAUACCACAAAAAAAGAAGGAAGAAUUCCUGAUGAAAUUUCGACAGUGUCUGCAAAGAACUCUGGGACGUUGACGCCAGCUGUAAUUGGUUCUCAACAUGUUUAUUCAGAUGAUCAACAAAAAGACGAUGGUCCUGUUAAUUUUCAUGGAACUUCCUUAGAACCAAAAGAGUUGCAACCUAAAACUGUUUCACCGCGCGUUGUGAUGCGGGCUGAACUUAAACGAAACGAUGCUCAGUUGGACUAUGAACGGGUGGAAUCUCUCCAUGUUGACAAAGGAGCUGAAUCUCUGUUGUCUAACGCGGUGCUUCGAGAGCCGCGUUCUUCCGAAUCCUGUGACAGUCUAAGUCGUGACCACCCAGAGAAAGGAGGUAGACCAAUCAAGUCUGACUCCUGCGAUGACGAGGUGACUGUGUUGGACAUGCUGGAUCCCCUCGCUGUUGACGAACAAGAACUGUUAGCUGUAGCUGAACUGUCGAACCAUGAUACGGACGAUCAUGAAGCUCCGUUAUCUAUAGACGAAGGAGAAACUCUAAUCACUGAUCAUGUAUCGACUUCCAAAAGAAUUAUCUCAUCUAAUCCCUCAUUAAUGAAAGAAGAAGAGUCAGGAGCGUCCAAUACUUCAACGGUUAACAAGUCGUUAGCUAGCAUUUGUUCUUCUUUGACCAGAGAGACGUCAGCCACAACUAAUUCAUUGACCCAUAAAGAUGACUCAAAGGUAUUCCCUACGUCAUUAACUCAUCAUAAAUCAACUGUCACUCAAAGUUCGGUCAAUAAGCCUCGCAUGAAAGGAAAGUCAACCGUAAAACGAAAAACCCAGUUCAGAUGCUACAAAGAGGGAGAAUAUCGGUGCCUAUCGCUUAGCCUUUCGCCUUCAAAUCGCUUGUUCCACACUCUGGAUGUGCUCCGCAAUAGAAUUAAGCCUCCAAAAACUGUAUCAACCUUCCCUUCAUGCUCUCCCUCGAUGCCCUCUACUACUACCUCUGAAAUGCGCCCCUCGCACUCCAAUCGAUUGAAUCUACCACAAGAAAGUAUCACAAAAUCGUAUUUUCUAUCAAAUAAAUUUAAUGGUUACAAAGGUAAAAGGGUUGAGGAUUUUAGUGAGUUAAAAGGUGAAAUCAAUCCUACUUGCCAAAAGAAUUAUCCAACUGAAGUUAGUAACCUUAACGAGUGUAGAAAUGCCUUCACCACGAGCAGAGAAGAUGUUUCCAAGGGAAGCAAAUGUCGCACUAAAAGUAGCCGAGGCAGCAAUAUGGAUGAUAAUAUUCCGGUGGUAAGUAUAGCUGACUGCAGCACUCCUCAGUUGAUUUCCAACCCUGUUGCUGAAACUUGCAUUUUGAAGUCUUCGCCGUAUCUGAAUCUUUCAGCGACUUCCCUCCGACAAAGUUUUGGAGGGUUAGAUAAUGAGGGCUCCCAGCCUAUGAUAUCCAUUCCCGAUUGCACCCCAACAUUAUCCUCUGUAGACCUGUCCAGUUUCGCCAACAUGGAUCACCAUCAACUUCUUUCUGCUUUUGAGCUUGCUGAGGAAAGCUUAAACUCAAUGUCAGAAAUCACUGGAAUCGAAAUCCCAAUUACAUUUCCUGACUGCAACGUUAGGAACGAAAACCAACUAAAGAAAAACUCUUCUUUUAACCAGUCGAGUUUUGAAAGCGUUGACAGUUCCUCCAUCCCAGUUUUAAGUCUGUCUGAGAACUUUGUUGGGCAUGGAAACUUGGAUGCACUUCCGCUACUUGACUUGUUGGAGAGUGGUACUCUUGCGGGAUCUUCUUCGGAUCUUAUUGUGACGAAAGUUGUUACUCCCGCGGUCCCUCCUCCUGUGUCCGCGGUAAUGCCCGGCGUGUUUGAUAAAGUUCCAAACAAAAUUGAAUCGUCUGUAAAGACUGCAAAUUCGCCGUCAUCGUGUAAGCGCCAGCGUGAUAUCUCACCCUUGUGGUCUUGUCGUCCUACGAUCUUAGCUCAUAGAUCACGUACCAAGUCAUCGUCCAAGGGAACACUUUUGAAGACCCAGCGUGUCGAAGACCCAUCUCGUAGCGAGACUCAGUAUGUUCAGAUCCUUGGAAAUUCUCAUGGCACGUCAAAUAUGCGUAACGUUUUAAAUAUUCCAAGUGAUGCGAGUAUAAAGAGUGCAAUGAUGGUCCUAUCCCCCGACCCACCUGUCUCAAGUCAAAGCAAAAUUUUCAUGAACUCUCAAAAAUACUCAAAGAAACAUAAGAUUUCGGAACGUCGUCAUAUGGCUGUUGAAUGCUCGACCAUGAAAAGCGUGUCUGACGGGCACAAGAUCACGUCACGCUGUAUAGCUGAAAAAAGCGCAUCAGAUCGUACAUUUGAGACUCCGCAAGUCCAAUAUCUUAAGGAAAAUUCGACGUUUAUCUUACGUGACCUCUUGUUGGCAGAAAAUACGAUACCUCUCAACGGGCUAUCUGAAACUUUACAAUGUAUUGAAGGUCAAAUUCCUAGUUUCAGAUAUGGGUUGGAGACCAGUAUUCUUUCAAGCGCCCAAAAUGAGCAUCUCAACACUCCUGACCCUCGUGGAAGUAGUGAGUUUCUUCAACGCGAUGUUAACGUCGGUAUCGUUAAGAAUGAGACGUCAUUCGUUCACACUGGUGAUGAGUCUUCCUUUGAUCCUCAACGUUGUAAACCGUCCGUAGCUGUCAAGCCCUCCACUUUCAUGGAACAAAAUGUUCCUCUUAAGCUUCCUCUACUUAAGGUCAAAGUUGAGACAAGUUCGCACGACUCUCUACCUGAGACACUGACAAAUUCAACAGCUGGCACUUUAGUACCUACUUGUAUUGUUAAAACCGAAGGCGCCGUUAUUGGCUCACCACCAAAUAAUGGCCCAAUCCAAGAUCUCCCCGACUUGUGGCAUAAUGAAAACACAAUUACUGGACCACCUGCUAUUUUAAAAGUCAAAAAUGAACCAGGGAGUCCUGAGAGCACAAUGCCAAAUGACGUCUUCUUUAAUCAUGAGAUCGUCGCUAAAUCGGAAGACAUUGAAAGACCAACGUCUAUCUCUCCCUCCGGGUGGCUUUGCGAUUAUCUGACAUCCCCCACCCGUUCUGAAUCUAAUGUGUCUUCACAUCCAACCUCUACCUCCAUCUCCAGAUCUGAUGGAAUGGCUCCAGCUUCCGCCAUCAAUCAUAACACAAAAGACUCAGCUUUCAUCAUUAAUAAUGGCUUACGAGUUCCAGCAUCCAUUAUUAAUAGCUCUUCGAACGUCUUCAGCGAAAAGAAAGCUAUUAGCAUCUCUUAUGCUUCAUCAGAUUGCGGCAUCAGCAGCGACUUGUUCACAACCGGUGGUGAACUUGGUCCACUGGAUUCUAGGAUUAGGCCUAGCUUAGAACCCAGUGUAGGAUGUACGAUGGAGCAAAGUAUAGAACCUUGUAUUAAGGUCAAGAUGGAAGCGGGCUCUGAACGCAGACCAGGACCUGAUUUGGAAUCAUUUACUAGUUUAGAAUAUAUCGAAUCACUUAUUGAACCCGAAUGUGAACCCGGUAGCGGGUGUGGUGUGGACCUACAGCCGCUGUCGUGGGUAGUGGAAAAGAAAUGCAGACAAAAACGCGGCAUUGGCCCACGUUCCAGGGUGCGAGUACUACCCGCCUCUGCACUACUAAAGAAACGCAAGUCUAAGGCGCAGAAAGAUUCUCGAUAUAAAUCUAAGAAGAAAAAGUUUGCCGGUCGUGAAGUUUCGUUUUCAUCACUGGAUCUUGGUAGUGUACCUUUACUGCAAUUAGCACAUAUUAGAAAAAACAAAGCAGUGGUGAAAUUGCGUCGGUUAUCGCCGAGUACAAUUCUCCGCCACCAGAAAGAUGGGGUUUCAUCUGGUAUAUCUGGAGCGAAUGACUCGAAAACAACGACCGAACGACACGAGGAUAAUUCACAGGAUGAUUCACUUAAAAAGAAUCAGCUAUCUGGAGUCGUGAAUGAUGGCUCACACGGUUGCAUUUCUGAUGGCCGCAGAGUUUCCAGAGGUUCUAAGUCAGCUGAUGAAUAUGAUAGCUCAUUCCAGUCUACAUCCUUCAGUGAAUCUUCCAGCAAUGAAGAGUUUGAAUAUUGGCAUAGCAGCAGGCUUCGUAAGCUAACCUUGUAUCGUAAACGUAGAAUGUCGUCACGACGAACUGCCGGCUCAAAGUCAUACGUAGAAUCUGAUUCUGACGAUGAUGAGAAAAGCUGUCGAGAAGAAUACUAUAUUCGACCUUCAUCAACCAAUUUGUUGGACCGGCCUGCCAAAAAACGCAGAACCGCAAACUUUAAUCUCUGCGAAUCUCCUAAUCAGAAGGAUUCCAGUGAAUUAGUGCCUAAUAAAUCGACCGUCAAGGAAUCGUCUGAAGCUUCCGACAACCGUGUGACAACCCAUGGCAGCCUCUCACAUGAGCCUGAUGACUCAAACCAUAUGCAAGAAAAUAAGGGUCCAGGAACUUCUUUUACAGCCAACACUUUUUUGACAUCGCAACACGACUCGGAAUGUGAUGCGGUAUUAGCAUCUGACAGCACCAAGCAGGACUACGUUAUUGCUGCCCAGGUUCACGAUGCGUGCAUUAAGAUGACAUUGCUCCGCAGAAGUCUGCUCCGCGAGACGUCUGCAAGACUGGGCCUGUCCACUAAUACUGAGACUACGCAUUUGCCGGACGGCGAUUUGUCUGAAAAUAUAAUGAAGCCAACGAUUAAUGACAAUCAAAAUGUUGAAGAAGCGAAACCAUUUCCAAAUGAUAAUCGUAAUGGUGAAGAACGUCAUCUGCUCGGCGAUCUUAAGGUUGAUAAGGAAGGGAAGCAAAUGUUGGAAGAUUUUAAAGAUAAUAAAGGACCUAACCAAUUAAUUGAUGAAUGUGAGAACACAGACGAACAAACUAAUCCUUUAAAACAGAAUGGAUUAAAUGCGAGUCAAAAUAUCCAACCGGCGAUGGAGGCGCGUGCAAAUUGUAGCAAAAUUGUGCCGGCUGAGGAAGGAUGUCACGAAGAUGAUGUCGAAGUAUUAAGGAAUGAUAAGGAUGUGUUAGAAGGUACCUUGGAUGUGUUCAGUGGUGAUGACUGCAGUGAGGAUGAGAGUUUGAAAAGUGACAUCCAUAAGCUGGCUGAGAGCAUCCAGUGCUGGGGGGAUGAAGAGAACGGGGAUGCAUCUUGGGUGAGGGAACAUGGAUCUUUGUUUCCCAAAUCUUCGAUCACUGCUUCAAACAUGUCCAACGUCUCAGUCACGUAUACAUGUUCCACUAAGUCCACUUCCUACACAAAUUUUACCGCGUUUACUUCCACUACAUCUAUUUUUCCAACCCCGUCCACUCCCACCACGUCUACUCCAACCCCGUCCACUCCCACCACGUCCACUCCCACCACGUCCACUCCCACCACGUCCACUCCCACCACGUCCACUCCCACCGCGUCCACUCCCACCGCGUCCACUCCCGCCGCGUCCACUCCCGCCGCGUCCACUCCCACCGCGUUCACUCCCACCACGUCCACUCCCACCACGUCCACUCCCACCACGUCCACUCCCACCAUGUCCACUCCCACCACGUCCACUCCCACAUCCACAUCCUCCCCAUCCACAUCCUCCCCAUCCACAUCCUCCCCAACCACAUCCUCCCCAACCACAUCCUCCCCAACCACAUCCUCCACAUCCACAUCCUCCACAUCCUCCCCAACUACUUCCUCCCCGUGUAAGACUAUUAACAAGUCCCCACCCAAGACCUCUUCUUUAACUACGUCCCUUCAGAGGUCAACUGUUUUGCGGCCUUCCCCAGAUUGCGGCUACGAGUCUCUAGAAGACGACCGCUGCGUUAGUAUUGCACCAUCUGUCUGUAAUGUUGAUGCACCAUCUGGUGAAGUGACCACUGCACCAUCUGGAAAAGUGGCUGCUGCACCAUCUGGUGAAGUGGCUGCUGCACCGUCUGGUGUAGUGGCUGCUGCACCAUAUGCUGAAGUGACCACUGCACCAUCUGGUAAAGUGGCUGUUGCACCAUCUGGUGAAGUGGCUGCUGCACCGUCUGGUGUAGUGGUUGCUGCAUCAUAUGCUGAAGUGACCACUGCACUAUCUGGCCAAGUGAACACUGCACCAUCUGGCCCAGUGGCUACUGCACCAUCUAGCCCAGUGGCUACUGCAUCAUAUGGCCCAGUGGCUACUGCACCAUCUGGCCCAGUGGCUACUGCACCAUCUGGCCCAGUGGCUACUGCACCAUCUGGCCCAGUGGCUACUGCAACAUCUGGCCCAGUGGCUACUGCACCACCUGGCCGAGUGACCACUGCACUAUCUGGCCAAGUGAACACUGCACCAUCUGGCCCAGUGGCUACUGCACCAUCUAGCCCAGUGGCUACUGCACCAUCUGGCCCAGUGGCUACUGCACCAUCUGGCCAACUGACCACUACACCAUCUGGCCCAGUGGCUACUGCACCAUCUGGCCCAGUGGCUACUACACCAUGUGGCCAAGUGACCACUUCACCAUCUGGCCCAGUGGCUACUGCACUAUCUGGUGAAGUUGCUUCUGCACCCUCUGGCAUGUCUCUCGCCUUGAACGAAAUCCUCACAUAUAAGAAUGCAAUGGAAACGUUUAGAUCGCCGGGUGCCUUGAAAGAGGAACUUAAUUCAGAUGCAAGCGAUAAUCGUGAUCUUCCUCCGAGUGCGGGAGUUGCUGGAGCUGGCCAAAUCAGUGGGUGGUUCACUUCGCUCAAGGAUGCUGCCGGAAGCCAGCAGGUUGAUGCCGACUGCUGUGACUUUUCUUUAUCUUUCAAUCCCGUUUCCGGUAGCUACCCACAGGUCAGGGAAGGUUGUUUGCUGGGCUUAGGAAAUGACUUACUCGAUGUCAAAAGUGGCAUUUCUGGCUAUGUUAGUGACUCGCAUGACUUCGAAGGCGGAAUAUUCGGCGUAGAAAAUAACUUGCUCGACGAACUCGAGGAAUGUGACUUGUCGGACGAUUUGAAUCCCUUUGACUUGGUUUUUGCUGUCGACCGCAGGCUCGAGGGUGUUCGUCCUCCCGAAAACUCAGCAGGUAGUUGGGAGGCUCUAGAGAAACUAGAUUCUCCGGAUCUCCCUGAGAGCGACAGCGACGUCGAUGACUCCAUAGAGGAUCCCACUGUUAAUCAGCGGCAAGAGCUCUGUUGUCCGAGGUGUUCAUUCAAGACGCGGAACCCAGUCCACUACUCCCAGCACACCCUGAGCGCUCAUCCAUCGCUGGCUGGGAGAAAGAGUAAAUGGGGAAACUCGGUUUCCUCCCGACCGGAGGCACCAGACAAGGAGGAGGAUGAGCAAAUAGAGAAACAGAACCGACAGACAAAUGACGGGAAGAGACUGAAGAGGAUGUAUGUAAGGAGAAGAGCGUCUUUAGGAUUCGAACAAUACUCGUGUGGUCGUUGUCCUUACGAAACCAGCAACCUGCUAGAGUUCCGGAGACACAAAAGAAAAAGUCAUGAAACUGCAACGGGGAAAGGUCCUACGCGUGUAGGAGGUCUUGGGAGAGAGCAAGGACAGAAGAAAUUCCAGUGCGCCGUGUGUAAAUUCAGCACCGCGAACGCUCGGUACUUCAGUGUGCACCGCGCGGCGCAUAAACUUCGCAAGGGGGGACCUCAGCCCUGUAAACUGCUCUCGAGCACACACUCCUCCAUGGAACAAGGUGGAGUGGGGCGGCUGCGCAAGUACAAGUGCGCAUUGUGCAAUUACGUAACCCUCAAUGAGGGGUCAUACAUGCGCCAUGUCACUCAAGCCCACUCCUCCAGUCCCUCCUCCGCCCACUCCCAAGACCUCUCUAUCCACUCCCCUGACCCUUCUACCAACUCCCCAGGCCCCUCCACCCACUCCCCUGGUCUUUCACCUCGCUCACACGACCCGUCCACUAGUACUCAUUUCUCUCAAUCCUCUCCCAUGUUCCGCCACAUACUUCCCAAGCCAUGGAGAGCUGAACUAAACACUUCCUCCUUCACCACUUCACCUCGCCUCUCCCUCUACUCCAAACCAGAUCCAUCUAGUGAAAUAAACAAGUUGCUUUAAUUAUAAUCCAAGUGUCUUUAAUUAAGUUACUGCGGAAAUUCACACUAGACGAAGCAUUGUGUUCAUAGUGUGAGUCAUGUAUGUGUUUACGUCUCGUCGACGCAGUCUCAAUUACGUGUGUGCGGUAUGAGCAGACUGGACUUCGAUUUACUGUUAAUAAAGUUCUGUAGAUAAUCUCACUAAUGUGGUUAUUGUAACAUUAAUUGCCUGUACGCGUGUACGUGCAUUAUGCAUGUAUAUAAAUAUUAUGCAUGUACAUGAAUAUUAUGCAUGCCUAUGCGUGUUCAUAAGCGCCUGGAGAUGCUGUCACAGUUUGACUCACUGUCGCAGUGAAUGUUUUUAGUUCCUUGUCAUUCUCAUGCCCUAGAGAGACGAAUGCAAGCGAAGAGAUAGCAUUCAUUCACCAGAGGAACGUAGUUAAUCAAUUGGAAUAAUUUGUGAUGAUUAUAUAUAAUUAAUUCUGGUAAUAUCCUAAUUCAAUUAUAUGUUAGUUCUGUAUUCCAUACACGCGUUUUCGUGGAUUUAGAAUAAACUCAAUAUUGUCACAAAAUUAUUUAAUAUUUGUUAUUAAAUACGA